AUGUUUAUUUUGAGUGUUUACCUACCAUCUUCUAACACUUCAAUCACAAAAUAUCGAGAGUGUCUCAAAGUCCUUGACGAUGUAGUUCACAACUUGUAUGAAAAGGGAAUUAUUGUUCUGGCAGGAGAUUUUAAUGGUCAUAUUGGAAAAUAUGGUGGGCCUCGAAGUUUUGAUACUAAAAAUCGACAAGGACUAGCCCUUAUCGAUAAGUUCAAAUUUUGGAAUCUGAGAUCUGUCAACUCACAAACAUUUACCACUGGACCAGUGGAAACCUAUUUUGCUCAACAAGGUGAGCAGUUGAGCACAACUGACCAUAUAUUUAUGAAAGUAGAUUAA